UUCAUUUUUAUUUUACAGGCUUGGCACAAGAGAUACUUAGUGCUCCGAGACGAAACUCAAGACCGUAGCCCUUCUCUGGAAAUGUAUGAGAAAGACGAACUUCUCACGGCUCCUUUGGGGCUCACCGGUCCAAAGCUCAUCCUAGAUCUCGGUCAGUGCGUCCAUAUAGGCUUCACUUCAGAUUCAACACGUUUCCCUUACGCAUUAGUGAUCGUGUGCCAAGGAAGAUCUCCCCUACUUCUUGCUGCUGAAGAUGAGCUAAGUGCCAGAUCAUGGCUUUUGGCUUUAGGCCUCAUCACACACAAAGGAAGCUCCGGUCACUGUCCAAGGACUUCUUUUAAUCCACCUCCAUCCCUGCUCCUGGAUCCAGGUCGCCGCAGUAACAGGAACAAGUCUGCGUACCGGGAGACAUGCUCAUUGCCUCAGGAGUCUUCUGCUCCUCUUUCCGUAGAGAGCACAGCUGCCACUCUCCUACCAGAAGAAUACAAUGACAACGACAUGGAUUUGUCGUUCGCUCGUGAAAUCUUCCAAGUGUCCGUGAACCCUACUGAGGAUUCUCAGAGACUAGGUAUGAGCGGCGAUCUUCAACUAGCUAUUUUUAGCCAUGGAGUGGGGUUAGCUAAACCGGGCAUGGCGUCCUGUUUCGUAGUAUGGCCUGUUGCAUACAUCCGUCAGUAUCUCCAUGAGUCCACUGCAUCCACAGGCAGAACAAAAACAACCAUUGUUUCCCUUGAGGUUGGCAGGCGUUCUGCCACUGGUGAAGGAGUGUUCCAGUUUCGAACACAAAAGGGAGCCGAAAUAAUACGAGAGUUAAAAUCCAUCGUUGAACUAUGGUCAGCUCGGAAAGCUGUUCUUUCCAUCCAACAAUCAUCUAUGAAGCAUGAAUCUUUCAGAACUUCAUCACCUAAGAGUGCUCAUACAAGAGGUAGAUCUUGGAAUUUUACAGGCAGAUCAGCACCUUGCACUCCAAGUCUUGCAUUUCCUCACACUUGGCAUCAAAGGAGAUCAAGUCCAGGUCCCAGCAAAAAGCAACUAUCUGAAAUCAGCCGUUCUGCUCAUAAUUCAGAUAUUUUAAAACCCCAAAGGCAGGAACCAACAAAUGAAGACCAGCAAAUCCAUUACAUUGUACCUUGUUUUGAGGAAUCUCCUAAAGCUGAAACUCAAGAUACAGCUAAAAGUCCAAAAACUUCCAAAAAUAAAAAGCCGGUGACUGCAGAUGUUGGCAAAGAUGGCUGUGUCCGAACAAAACACACGAGGAUUAUGGGUGCUUGCUCUAUACCGGAAGUUCACUCUGUGCGCGUGGAAGCUUGUUCUGGAGAAAGCAGCGACGAAUGCUGUUAUGUCGAAGUGGAUCCGAGCAAUGGUCCAAAGCUGACUCCAAUGCCUAGUCCAGCCAAAAGUGACAUGGCAAGCUGUGGUCCCCAGACCGAAGGUAAAGACGGCCGAAAAAUGGUCUACCAGAGGUGCGUCGUAGUUUGAAGAGCUGAUGACGCACCAUUAAGCUUACUUGGAAGUUCUGCCAACCUAAUAUCUGGGUAAGGAAAGGCUGUCUGAAGGAAGAAAUUGCUUUUAUCUCUUAACAGUGAGAAUCUCUGCCCGUGGAAAUAAUAAUGUGCCUGGAUAGUAACUGGAAUAUGUCUCAUACUAUUAUCUUCAAUAUCCAUCCCACCCAUCUCAUUUGGUAUAUUUCCUACAUAUGACGUCAUGUGAAACUACUUUCUGUGAAGCUGAAAACAUUAAUAUUUGCCUGUAGAAAUUUAGAAGCAUCUUCUAGUUCUUGUAAAUUUUAAUUGAACAAAAAUAUUUAAAUGGAUAUUGUGAAAUCCUCCUUCUUUCAAGUGAUUAAAAGUUUCAGUGGUAUAUCUGUGAGUAUAUAUUUAUUA